AGGAUUCAUUCAUUUCGCUGGAGGUGUUGGUUGACGUUGUCAACUUGUCAAGCGAAAUAUUUUAAAAAAGAAAACUAACAUCGAACUGAAUUUAUUAUUCAGUUUUAGGACUUUUAAACUUUUCUUUUCUGUAAGAUUGUAAAAUAAUCAUUUCAAAAUGAGUUUAGUGGCUAACACCGGGAAAUUGGCUGGACGGACGCUGUUUAUUACUGGUGCCUCCCGUGGUAUUGGUAAGGCUAUUGCCCUGAAGGCCGCGAAGGAUGGUGCCAACGUUGUUAUUGCCGCUAAAACAGCUGACCCGCAUCCCAAGCUACCUGGCACUAUUUACACGGCAGCUGAAGAAAUUGAAGCGCUAGGAGGUAAGGCCCUGCCUUGCAUUGUAGAUGUAAGGGAUGAGAAACAGAUCCAGAAGGCUGUUGAUGAGGCUGUCAAGAAGUUCAACGGCAUCGAUAUCUUGGUGAACAAUGCGUCCGCCAUUGUUCUCACUGACACCGCCAACACGGACAUGAAGAGAUACGACCUCAUGCACAACAUCAACACUAGGGGUACUUUCUUGGCUUCCAAGCUGUGCCUGCCCUACCUGAAGGCCAGCAACCAUGCUCACAUCCUCAACCUGUCGCCUCCCCUCAACAUGAACCCCUACUGGUUCUCUGUACAUGUAGCUUACACGAUGGCUAAGUACGGCAUGUCUAUGUGCGUGCUCGGUAUGGCUGAAGAGUUCAAGCAGGACAACAUCGCAGUCAAUGCUCUCUGGCCCAAGACCGCUAUCGCGACGGCCGCCAUUGAGAUGUUGACCGGUACAAGCUCCACCAGCCGCAAGGUGGAAAUCGUCUCAGAUGCCGCUUACGUCAUCCUUAGCAAAGAUCCUAAAACUUACACGGGCAACUUUGCGAUUGAUGAAGAUAUUGUGAAGUCUGUCGGCGUCAAGGAUUUGACACCCUAUGCUUGUGACCCCAAGAACGCUGAUAACCUAUUACUGGAUGGUUUCUUGGAUGUCCCCGAAGCACUUGCACAGCAUCAGAAAACUAUAACGUCUGCUAACCGCGUCAGACAGUACCACACAUCCGCAGUCCACUACAAGGAGAAGGAAGGGUCAUCAGAAGGUCAAAUCCCAACCCUCUUUGCUUCCAUCAGCAAAGUGCUCUCCUCAGACCUGGUACAAAAGACCCAGGCCGUCUACCAGUUCAAUGUGAAAGGUAAGGAAGAGGGCGUAUGGCAUAUCGACUUGAAGAACGGAGACGGACAAUGCGGACAGGGCGAGCCCAAGAACCCACCAGACGCGACCCUCACCAUGGACGGACAACACUUCGCUGAGAUGUUUGCUGGCAAACUGAAGCCAACAACAGCAUUCAUGAUGGGCAAAUUGAAGAUCAAAGGAGAUAUCCAGAAAGCUAUGAAAUUGGAGAAAAUGAUGAAAUCACUCCAAAAGAAGAAGUAAAGAGCUGAACACGUUCCCUUGGCAUACUUGUACAACUAUGAUAUAGUACUAUAGAAUCACAAGUACUGCAGAGGAAGUGUUUUGUUAUCAUAGGAAUAUUUUAAUUAUACACACAUACAUAAGGAGGGUUUAACAGGCAUAAAAUUAUGUAACUCUAACUGUUACAAAUUCAUAAGUCUACAGAUCCUUGGUAUAAUGUGGCUAUUAUUUCGUUGUAAAGCAAGACAAUAAACAGAAUGCACUGAAAACUGUAUAUUAUGUAUGUUAACUUGUAUAUUUGUAAGUACAUUGGACAAAGAAUUUGAGUUGUUUUUUUAUAAAUAAAAGUUUUAUACAAUGAUAUGUACUGGUUGGUCUUAUAUCAUGAAAGUUGUUUAAAUGCAAUCAUUGUAAAUUUACGAUCUGGUGCCUUACCUAUAACUGCCAAAUAAUUAUAUUUUUCAUGCAGCAAUAGUAUUUUUU